CUCCCAGGCGGAAGUAAUGGGGAGUGUGCGAAGCCACCGUUACAGCAUUGUGUCCUCUGAGGAAGACGGCAUGAAGCUGGCUACUAUUGCCGUCCCGAAUGGCUACGGAAAUGGCAAUGUGAACAAGGUGCACACAGAGCACCAACAGCAGAGCCGCUUUGUCAGUAAGGAUGGCCACUGCAAUGUGCAGUUUAUCAAUAUGAGUGAGAAAGGCCAGCGGUACCUGGCAGAUAUCUUCACCACCUGUGUGGACAUCCGCUGGCGCUGGAUGCUGCUCAUAUUCUGCCUUUCUUUCCUGCUGUCAUGGUUGUUUUUUGGCUUGGUCUUCUGGGUAGUGGCCCUCUGUUACGGGGACUUAGAGAAUGAGACUCAGAUGUGUGUUUCCAAUGUGGACAGCUUCACCGCUGCCUUCUUGUUCUCAGUGGAGACCCAAACCACUAUUGGCUAUGGUUAUCGUUAUGUGACAGAGGAGUGCCCCGUUGCUGUCUUCAUGGUCGUCUUCCAGAGCAUUGUGGGCUGCAUCAUCGAUGCUUUCAUCAUCGGUGCUGUCAUGGCCAAGAUGGCCAAGCCCAAAAAGAGGAAUGAGACCCUGGUGUUCAGCCAUUAUGCUACAGUGGCCAUGAGGGAUGGUAAACAUUGCCUAAUGUGGCGUGUGGGGAACCUGAGGAAGAGUCACCUGGUGGAGGCCCAUGUCAGGGCCCAGCUGCUGAAGUCCCGCACCACCGCCGAGGGUGAGUUCAUCCCUCUGGAUCAGGUUGACAUUGACGUAGGAUUCGAUAGUGGCAUUGACAGAAUCUUCCUGGUGUCUCCAAUCACCAUUGUGCAUGAGAUUGACGAGGACAGCCCGUUCUAUGAGAUGAGCAAACAGGAGUUAGAGAGGUCCGAAUUUGAAAUCGUGGUGAUUCUGGAGGGCAUGGUCGAGGCUACAGCCAUGACUACUCAGUGUCGGAGCUCCUACGUGGCCAGCGAGAUCCUCUGGGGCCACCGCUUCGAGCCUGUGCUCUUUGAGGAAAAGAACUACUACAAAGUGGACUACUCUCGCUUUGACAACACAUACGAGGUGCCUAGCACGCCAACCUGCAGUGCCAGGGAAUUAGCCGAGAAGAAGUCCAACGCAUCCAGCUCGAGGAACUCCUUUUGUUACGAGAACGAGGUGGCUCUCGAAAAAGUCGAGAUGGAGGAGGAGUUUGAGGAAGAGGAAAACAGGGAGAUGAGGGAUGUUGAGGUUGGUGCACUUGAGGACAUAAACACGGAUGUGGUGUCAGACUCUGAAUGCAAUCUGGACUCUUUGCCUUUAGAAUCAAGGCCUUUGACAGCAGAAUCAGAAAUAUGACCACAGAGUUAAAGAAAGGUUAAAAAACUAGCGCAGGAUAUGUUAAAACUAGCUUGAAUUUGGUCCUGAUUGCUGUCUUAUAAUGCAAGACAGUUUGUAAAAGACUGUGAUUUGAGUAUAAAGUUCUCUAUGCAGAAGCUCACGCACAAGACACCAUGGAAAUUAUUGUUGUUACUUUGUUUAUGGUGAAGGUGAUGAUAAAUUCAUUGGUUGCAUGGAGCUAGAGGGAUAAAAUGGCUUAGACUCCUUCACUUACACACUGUGCAGUCUCCCCUCCUUACAAUAUUUUACUAGAGCCAGUUUGGUUAAGAAGCGUAACUAAGUUUUCUAGAAAAAAGCAGUUUCUCAUUUAUUAGUGCAAAUUCCCAAUUUGGACAUUUUGCUUUUAGCAUCUUGAGUCUAAUUUGUGUUUUUUUGUGGCCUGAAUUUGAUAUAAGAUUGUGACAAAAAAGAUUUGAACCUGAAACUUUGAGAUUUGUUUAAAUUUAUAUAUUCUUAUAUAGUAAUUUUAAGUCUGAGAAUCUUGUUUUAAAUGCUAAAAACAUUUAAUUUUAAACCCAUUAAUCCACCUGCACAGAGGCUACUGUUUGUUAAUGAGCUGGUCUCUUAGCAAAAAAUAUUUACAAUCUUCUUCAUUGUUGUGGGCUCGGUGUUGCUCUGCGUGAGGCAGGAAAGAGAUGUCUUGCAGAGAUUGCGAGCACUACACUAUGCUCCUCAACCUAUCAUCUUGUCUAAGUAUAGCGUCUUCUGCAGUGUGUGCCUUGACAAAAGUCUCAGUCUUGGUGGAGGUUUGGCUGCGACUGAGCACACACUGCAAUAGAUGUUACAGGGAAAAAGAAGCAUUCAGAGGUGAUUCACUGUGCAGUAUACUGCCACUCCCUUGCAGGUCUUCAUGUUCUAAUGUGCAAUACAGGUCAGUGGUAGAAGGUGACAGGAAGCUCAACCCUGAGCCCAGGUUAUGAAUGUUGAUGAUAAGUGCUGCUAAGUUACAUAUUGUAUGUUUAGAGAGAAAUCUAGGAGCCAAAAUGUAUUAUUUGUCUUUUAAAGUAUCCAUUUUGAAGAUUGCAGAUUGCAGCCUAUAAUGUUAUUUCUAGAUGUAGACAAGCAUGAUUCUGUCAGUGUGUUUUCCAAAGCUUUAGUGCACUUUUUCCCCCCAUAACAUCAGAAACUGUUUUAUUACCCAAAGCCAAAUGUGUACAUAUAUAUAAGAGACAACCGUAACUCAUCUGUUAGUUGAUGUUGAUUUUAAACCUGAACUUUACCUCAUCUAACAGCGGUUUGCUGUUGAAACAUUGAAUUAUUUGAGUUGACAUAGUCUGCAUUAUAUUAACAUCAGUGUUCUUGGCAUGGCAGACUUGCAGAAUCUGGACAAAUCCCCGUUCACCCUCACACUUCACCACCGCGGGUCUUGUGCAGUUAUUUGUCAUUUCUGAAUGGGCCCUUGCUUUGUCUUUAUAAAGAUCAGGUCUGCUGAUACUUUUCAGUUACAAUCAAAAAUCCUGAACGGAUAUAGCACACUUGACUCCAGUCUUACACAAGAUUGAGCUUUAAUGGGGUUUUUUUAACUACUACUUUAGGUGUUAUUGUGAAACAUUAAUGCUUGGAUAAAUAACAUCAGUGGAAGCCUGAACACUGUACUGCUUCUCUGGUAAGGAAAUCUAUUAAAACAUUUGAUCGGUUCACUUCUCACGUUGACACUUCUCCUGUCUUAGGUCUUUAUUUUUCUACCAGAGUCUUCCCACCUUCCUGCACAAACCAGAGACUGUACAGAUUUUUUUUAUUUUUUGUAAAUUAUAAGGCAAAUGCUGUAUAUUGAUAUUGCAGUUGUUGAAAACUGUUUAUGUCCUUUUUUUGAAUAAAAGCGUAAAAAAAAUCAUUAUGAAGUUGAUGCAUUGAUUGUAAACAGCAAAUCAGUGAAACGGACACAACUGUGAUAGUAUGACCUUUUAUGUUUGCAUUUGCAGUCAACUGAGCAAUAAUUUUUCCAAAGUUUAGCAUUUUGACCCAAAAUGUGUGACAUCUGGAGCUGGUGUGCAGAGGCCUGCUUGAUUUUUUUAGCUGUGGAUACACAUGCUGCUCCUCUAAUUUGGAGCUGUGGCCCAAAUUCCAGGCUGCUAGCUGUCAGAGCUCACACCAUCAUUUACUAUAAUUCACCAAACUGACUCACUCCAGUUCUGUGAAAGCCCACAGAGACCCCGUGCUAUAUCAGUCGGCUCUGCUGGAAGUCAUUUUCAAUGACAGCGAUGGAAAGAACGCCUCAUUCGCCUUUCCCAAUCUAUUUCAGUUAACUGUGGAAAAUAAGUGUAUUCUGUACUACAGGGUGUCUUUAGGGAUGGUGUUAAUGUGUAGAAUUAGCAGGAGGAUAUAUUGCACAAUUCACAUUCCUCAAACCACAUAGUUUGAAUGAACAAAAGUAUGAUCGGCUGUUCAUUCAUCCACAUUUGCACUCUGUCUUUCAGAGAUUUUCAGUGGAAAUGAGGAUUAUGUUUAGUGUGAUCUGUUUACAAAACCACAUGGAUGCCCAGAUUGCAUAACACACCGAUACUCCAGAGAGGAUCCCAACACCCACCAGCUCCUGUAAUUUAGCAUAAGCAUGCAUAAAACACUAUUAAGCAGAGUGUGAUCAAUAUGGUUGUAUCAGAGAUGAACUUGGAGUUGCAGUAUGACACAUCUGUCUGCAGAUUUAGUUUGUUUCCAUCCGCAGCUGCAUUCUGCCAGCAUGAGACGUAGUCGGGGAGCUAUUGAUCAGACUCGUCCGCAGGAAGGCAGUGAGCCGAUGUGAUUUGGUUCUACAUAUAGGAAGUGGGUACUGCCUCGGGCCUUUUUCCACAUUAGCCAAUGAAACUGCCACAAAGCUCCGGCUUGGAGUGAAAAUAGGGACUG